GAACCUUUUUUUGAGCGGAACGAAUAUUGUCCCGUGUUCCGACGAUCGACGGAACCGGCCGUCACCAUUUUGCCUCCGUGUGGAAAACACUAAUAAAUCGUCUCGUUUCAAGCCGAAUUGAAAUUUAACAACUCUGUCAUCGUUUAUCCGUUAAACCUUUGAUGUUAAUCGGUGACACAUGAUAGUCAGCUGCAGUGGAAAACAUGAAAAUCGCCUCCAAACGGAACUUAACUAGCAACAAAGCUAGCCGGUUCUCCACUUUGUGAUCAUGUUUGGACCGUUGGCGCCACAGAAACAUGUCCGUCUUAUUAAAACAUUUAUCGGGUCGUGUAAACAGACAAGUGGACGUCGGUGUUUGUCAGCCAGCUGUCGGUCCGACGAGGACAUCAGGAGAUUUAUCUCGGAGAACACGGAGACCGUCGGACAGCAGAGUCUGACCCCGGAGGUCAAACUGCGGCUGUUCACGCCAAACUGCAGAUUCUGGAGAGAGAGACCAGAACUGUGGCCUUUCGAUGACCCGUACUGGGCUAUUUACUGGCCGGGAGGUCAGGCGCUGUCAAGGUAUCUGCUGGACAACCCCGCGGUGUGUCGGGGCAGGACGGUUCUGGACCUGGGGAGCGGCUGUGGAGCCUCGGCCAUCGCUGCUAAACUGAGCGGAGCUGCUCAUGUUGUUGCCAAUGAUAUUGACGCCGUUGCAGCUGUCGCCACCCGCAUGAACUCGGAGCUGAACUGUCUUGAGCCGCCCGUGUGUCUCACCAACAAUAUGAUUGGUUCGCCGGUCGAGGCCUUCGACCUGAUCCUGCUGGGUGACAUGUUCUACGACGAGGCCCUCGCCACAAGCCUCCACAGCUGGUUGGACCGCUGCAUUAAAACCCACGGCACCCAAGUCCUGAUCGGAGACCCGGGGAGGGCCCAGUUUGAGGAGCACAGCAUCCGACGACUUCUGCGUCUGCUCGCUCAGUUUGAGCUUCCCGAGUCCGUCAGAGAGGAGAACUACGGUCUGACCUGCAGCAGUGUUUGGUGCUACUGUCCUGAACUCUGACGACCGGAGAGGAUCCACUCUGCUUUUAAUGUUUGAAUGUAAUUUAAUAUGUCACAUGAAUUCACCUAUAAAACGGACUGUGUGAGGUGAUUAUGUGAGCAGUUUGUAGUUAUUUUCUGCCUUAUGGUGAAAAUACCUGCAACUAUCAUCUGAUGUUUUAACACUCAGGGUGCAAAGAGACAGAAGCACAGUCAUUAUAUGUGGAUGUUUAAUUCUUUGGAUUCACACACACAAUUAAACAUAUCUCUUUUA